AUGGCAAUUUCACCUUUACCACCCCAGUCUCCAUCAACCGCGACGGCAGCUUCCGACGCCGCAGUUAAGUUCAAAGCUGCUCAGAGCUCAUCCAAUCCGCAGGGCAACACAUCUUCGCCUUUUAUCACACACGGCGCUGAUCGUGAACUAACUGAACAAUUAAAUGACGAUGUGCGGCAUAAGUAUAUCAAAGACAAGAAGCUAGGGGAAGGAACCUAUGCCGUCGUAUACCUUGGUCAUCUUCGAGCUGAUGCUUCGUCCUUCGUGGCAAUUAAGAAGAUCAAAGUUAAUGCUGAAUACAAAGAUGGGCUUUCCAUGGAUGCAAUCCGGGAAGUGAAAUAUUUACAAGAAUUAUCACAUCCAAAUAUCAUAGCGCUCCAUGAUGUCUUCUCCUCCAAGGACCAAAACCUCAACCUGGUUCUAGAAUAUUUGCCACGUGGUGACCUUGAGAUGCUCAUUAAAGACGGAAAUAUUCACUACGGCGCAGCUGAUGUCAAGGCGUGGAUGGGAAUGCUUGCUAGAGGUGUCUGGUUCUGCCACGAAAAUUUUAUUCUCCAUCGAGAUAUAAAACCUAAUAAUCUUCUCAUUGCUACCGAUGGAGAGGUGAAACUUGCAGAUUUCGGUUUAGCUAGAUCAUUCGCUGACCCUUACUUGAAUAUGACACACCAAGUUAUCACCCGCUGGUAUCGGCCGCCUGAAUUGCUUUAUGGAGCACGACAAUACUCGGGCGCUGUAGACAUCUGGUCCAUGGGAAUGGUUUUUGCGGAGCUUCUCUUGCGAGUACCAUUCGUCGCAGGAAAUUCUGAUCUCGAUCAGAUAUCCAAAGUUUGCGAAGCAUUUGGCACGCCAACUGAAGACAACUGGCCAGGAGUCACUAGGCUGCCCAAUUAUAUACCCGCAGAUAAAAAUCACAUUGUUCCUAUACAGGGUCGUGAAUUUUUCUUCAGACAGUUCCCGACUGCUGGUCCUGUCGGCGCAGAUUUGCUCAUGUCGAUGUGUACACUGGAUCCGAGAAAACGGAGCACGGCACGUCAAGUUUUACAACACAAUUGGUGGUUUACUGAGCCAAGACCGACAAAUAAGGAAGAUCUCCCCAAAAAAUCGGAUGGAAUUCAGAAAAUGGGCAACGAUUUGACGAGAAGAGGCGGAGAUAUCGACGACAAUACAUUCAAGAACACUGCCCGACAAUUGGAUUUUAACGCAAAGCAAUAG